AUGAGGAUGGCAUCUGUUCCUCUGGCACCUUACUCUGACUCCCGCAUUAAGCUGACGGCCAAUACCGACAUCAAGAAGUUUUCGUAUAAACCCAUGGCGAUGAAGUUGUCGGAGGCUUCAGAGAUUCUUGAUGACCGAAUAGACGAGUUCAUGGCGGUAGUUCAGAAACACCACAAAUUGGAUGAUUCAGCCUUUGGCAAUGCUGCCCAACAAAGCACACGGGAGGUUGUUGCCGUGGGAAGAAUCGCGUCAGAUAGCCCUGAGGGGAAACUGAAUACUGCUUCUAUUGUCCUUGAAACUUCUAGGCGAACAGGGGCCGGUUUACGGGUACCACUGAAGAUCGAUAAACUCCAACAUAUAAACUUCUUCCCCGGCCAGAUUGUCGCUCUCCGAGGUAUAAAUGCCUCUGGAGAGUACUUCACAGUAUUCGACGUGUUGACUAUUCCACUGCUACCACUGCCUGUGUCACUGCCAUCAGAAGUAGAGGCCACAAACGAAAAGCUUGACAGCUUUGGUGAUCAGCCAUUGAACUAUAUGUUCGCCGCUGGCCCUUAUACAACAGAUGAUAACUUAGCGUUUGAAGCUCUAAAUACCCUCUGUGAGAAAGCUGCGGAAGAAUGUGUUGAUACGCUCAUAUUACUGGGCCCGUUCAUAGACUUGGAGCACCCCCUUAUUGCGUCGGGUGAUUUUGACCUUCCGGAGUUGAAGGGCUUGGAUCCGGAUACUGCCACCCUCACCACCCUUUUUCAACACUGCAUCUCGCGACCAUUGACCCAGCUUGCUUCAAAGGUACCGAAUAUAUACAUAAUACUGAUACCUUCAGUCCGAGAUGCCGUUAGCAAGCAUGUUUCAUGGCCACAGGAAAUCCUUCCUAAAAAAGAACUGGGCCUGCCUCCUAAACAGGCGAAAGUCGUCACAAACCCUGUGGCUAUCUCAUUAAACGAAAUCAUGGUGGGCCUCUGUGCUUCUGACUCACUGUAUGAACUGAGACGAGAGGAAGUAGUGGGUGGGCGGCCAAGUGAAAGCGAUCUAUUGAGCCGUCUGCCAAGAUAUCUAAUUGAGCAGAGGCAUUUUUCUCCAGUUUUCCCUCCAACUGCACGAGAAAAUCUCCCGAAAUCUGGUGUUGAAGAAAAUCUUCAAAUAGGAUCUAUGCUUGAUACUAGAUAUCUUAAGCUUGGAGAUUGGUGGAAGGCAAGACCAGAUAUCCUAAUAACCCCCAGCGUUCUGCCGGGGUUUGUCAAGGUCAGCAUAGCUCAUCUUCGCAUAUUUCUAUGUGUUGUCUAA